UCCCCAACCAAGAAACUCACUAGAAUUGAAGAAGAAAGAAAGAAGAAGAAGGAAGAAAGAAGCUGACGACGAAGAACCCAUAAUCGGAGAAGACGACGAAGAACCCAAAAGCUUGCAAGAGAGGGAUGUGUUAAUGUGCAUUCUGGGAUUGAUCUUGACACCUGGAGCUUCUUUGAGUGUCGAGAUCUUGUAAAGGAUUUGGGCUACACUGCAGGCAAGUUCAAGUUGUGGUGGAGAAAAGAAGACGAUGCUGAGAACCACAAUAUUAGGCCAUUGUUGAAUGAUGUGGAUGCCAUGCAUCUUGGGGCAUAUGCUGAGUAUAAGAAGCAAAAUGUGGAGGUGUUUGUGGAGCACGAUGAUGAAGAAUUGCCCUUCGGUGUGCUUUGCACGCCAAUAACAAUGAUACGAUACAACCCUCCAUUCAAGAAGCCUAGCCCAUCAAUGCCUGCUCAACCCAAGACUGACUCUCCAAAGCCUCCUCAAAUCAAAGGUUGUCAACCCAAAAAUGUCCUACCCAAAGCUGACCCACCUAAAUCUAGCCCAUCAAAUGCUGCUGAAGCAAUAAGAGCCCCUCCAAAUACUGCACCAAUGAAGAAGGCUUUGAGCCAACAUGUUUCUGCACCAAAAAAAGUCACUCCCUCCAAGAGGCCUGCUACACAGCCUUUGAGGAGGUCCAAUAGGUUAAUUUGGAGCAAUCGCAAGAAUUUGGAGCAGUCACAAGUUGUAGCUGUGCAGAAAAUUCAAGCUAAUGCCGGAGAUAAUGCAGAACUAGUGGAGGAGGCGACUCAGGUUCCAGCUACUGGAGAGAGAGAAGUAGAGGGACAAUAAUUAAAGAGGAGUCUGAAAGUUUUUGCUUGCUUCAAAGGGAAUCUUUCCUUUGAAUAUGAUGUAAUAGAUUAUUAGACAUGCACAUGGUUACAUGGUGUUUUUAAUGUUUCAAAUGUGGACAAGUAAUGUCACUUGGGCUAUUUAGGAUUGUAGUGGAUGGACCACUAUCAUUUUGUAAUACUAUUUAAACCUGUGGC